AUGGCUGAAGUUAAUGUCACUUAUGUCACAGAAUUCAUUCCCAAGGGAAUCACAGACCAGUCACAGCUUCAGGCUCCAUGCUUUGUGGUAUUUUUAGUUAUCUAUCUGGUCACAGUGCUGGGGAAUAUUGGAUUGAUUACCUUAAUCAGGAUUGACUCUCAACUCCACACACCCAUGUAUUAUUUCCUCAGCCACUUGGCCUUUGUUGACCUUUGUUAUUCUUCUACCAUAACGCUGAAGAUGAUGGUGAAUUUUGUUGUGGAAUGCAACACAAUUCCUGUCCAUGUUUGUGCAGCACAACUGGGGUGUUUUCUCACCUUCAUGAUCACUGAGUGUUUCCUUUUAGCCUCCAUGGCCUAUGAUCGCUAUGUAGCUAUCUGUAAUCCCCUGCAUUAUUCGGUACUGAUGUCAGAAAGAGUCUGCAUUCAAUUAGUGGCCAUUCCAUAUAUAUACAGCUUUCUUGUUGCCCUAUUCCAUACUAUAAUCACUUUCCAUCUAACUUACUCUGGGCCCAAUGUAAUUAACCAUUUCUAUUGUGGUGACCUCCCCCUCUUAGCUCUGUCCUGCUCAGACACACACAUGGAGGAAAUUCUGAUCUUCACUUUUGCUGGCUUUGAUAUGAUCUGUUCUUCUUCAGUCAUCCUCAUUUCAUACUUGAUUAUCAUUGCUGCCAUCCUCAGGAUCUGCUCUACCCAGGGCCGAUGCAAGGCCAUCUCCACCUGUGGCUCCCACGUGGUAGCUGCUACUAUUUUCUAUAGCACACUGAUCUUUAUGUACCUACAGCCCAAAUCAAACCACUCCCUGGACACAGAUAAGAUGGCUUCUGUGUUUUAUAUGGUGGUGAUUCCCAUGUUGAACCCCCUAAUCUAUAGCCUAAGGAACAAAGAGGUGAAGGAAGCCUCAAAGAAAGCCUUGGAUAAAGGUUGUGAAACCUUAAGGAUGUUGCAAUUAAGAAAAUAA